AUGUCUGAAGCAAUUAUGUCGAGUUUUCGCUACCGUCCCGAGAUCCUCCAGGGCGUGGGGGAACUUCUCACCUACGAUCUCAAAAAAUACGAGGACUGGUUUCUUCUGGAUGCAACCGUUUUGAAGAAGAUCACAGACGAUUUUGUUAAAGAGCUUGAGAAGGGUCUUACCAAGGAAGGAGGGAAUGUUCCAAUGAACGUGACUUGGGUCAUGAACUUUCCCAACGGCCACGAAGAAGGUCGAUACCUCACGAUAGAUAUGGGCGGAACGAAUUUGCGCGUGUGCUAUGUGAGUCUCUGCCCCCGCAAGAGAGACUUCGAGCAAACACAGAGAAAGUAUAAAAUACCGUCCGAAAUAAAAUCUGGGACUGGGGAGCAGUUGUGGAACUUCAUUGCGGAUCAUCUGCAGGCGUUUAUGAAGGAAAAUUUCAUUGAGGCUCCGGAAGACCAGCCGUUGCCGCUGGCAUUCACCUUUUCCUGGCCGGUCUACCAAAAGACCAUUCGGAGUGGAAUCCUGCAGCGCUGGACAAAGAAAUUCAAUGUCUCGGGUGUUGAGGGGGAAGACAUUAUACCUCAACUGGAAGCUGCAUUAGCAAGGAAGAAAAUUCCCGUCCAAGUCGUCGCACUCCUCAACGACACGACCGGAACGCUCAUCGCCUCGCAUUAUCGCGACCCUCACGUCAAGGUCGGCAGCAUCUUUAGCACCGGUACUAAUGCGGCAUACAUGGAAGAAUGUCGAUUGAUUCCGAAGCUGGAAGAAUAUGGUCUGCCCGAAGACGCGAAGGUCAUCAUCAACACUGAAUACGGCGCGAUCGACAAUGAUUGCAAAAUCCUGCCUCUCACGUCCUUCGACCGACAGAUUGACGAAGAAUCACUUCGACCCGGGACCCAAAUCUAUGAAAAAAUGGUGUCGGGCCUGUACAUCGGGGAGAUGAUACGGUUAAUCAUGCUCAAGAUGCACGGGGAAGGACAGUUAUUUCAAGGGCAGGACGUUACCCGCCUGCGACAGAAUAACGCGCUCGAUGCAACAUUUCUUUCGAUCGCGGAGCUAGAUAUUUCGGAAGGUCUUGACGAUAUGCGCGAAGAGUUCGAAAAUGAGCUUAGCCUGUCGCCGUCCAUCGAUGAGAUGAAGGUAUGUCGGUAUUUGAUCGGGUUGAUCGCGACACGAGCGGCGCGUCUCUAUGCCUGUGGCAUUGCGGCCAUUUGCAAGAAGAACAAGAUCAACAAGUGCCACGUUGGCGUGGAUGGAUUUGUGUUUAACAAGUACAGCGGGUUCAAGGACCGAGCGAUGCAGGGUCUCCGUGAUAUUUUUGACUGGCCGCACGACGAGGUUGGGCCGAUCUCGUUGAACGCGUCGGAAGAUGGCUCAGGUGUCGGGGCGGCGUUGGCGGCGGCUUUGGCGCUGAAGGAAGGCAGGCAGAUUGGUAUAGAACAGAUUGGAUAG